AUGCGAUUUCCUCCAUCCCGCUGUCCGGCUUGCCCUCGCUCGCGUCUUCGUCGAUACCGGGCUCCCAGUGCGUCAGCGCAAGUGAAGCGGCCCGGGCGGAAGCCGAAAAGCAAGAUGUAUGUGGAGGAGUCGGAUGAGACGCAGGAUGUGGACAUGGAUGGGGAGCAGGGUCCGAGAAAUGCACUCGCAGAGUCGGACACGUCAGGCGACCAUCGGUGUGCAAGCGGGAAAAUCCAAGUCACCCAUGAAGAAGGGGAAGGAGAAGAAGAUGAAGAGAAGGAGCGUGCACAUGAGCUGCGAGACAAUUUCCUCGAGGCGAAAGAUCUGCGUAUGGACAACUUCUUGAACGACGCGGAGAAGAACAUCAAGAUAUUCUUGUCAUCUCAUUUCCGCGACGAAGGCCUUAUAUGGUCUGAGCAGCGCGUACGCGAGAAACCCAUCCUCAUCGGCUUUUUCCUCGAGUUCCUGCUUCGAAACCGUGUUUUCCCGGAAUCUGAACAGGAAAAAGGCCUCCGACGUGCUCUGCAAGUGAUACACCUGGCUCGCAAGGAGCUUCCGGCCACGUUCAUUAUCGGCAAAGCCUUGCCCGAUAGCCUCGGCGUAGGCUGCGAAAACUAUUUGGAAGCAGAUGUCACUGAGGACCAAGAGGAUAAAGGCGAGCCCGAGGCCAAGAGAUGCAAAGUCAAGGAGAAGGAGGAAGAUCUUGCAUUUGAGGAGGCCAUCGGCGAGGUAGACACAGAAGUCAUCACUCCCGAAGUCGUCGAGAGCCUCGGAAAGGCCGUGCAGCAAGAACGCGAGGCAGCCGAUGCCGACGUGGGAUGGGGUGCUGGAAACGCGAGCUCAGAGCCUCACGACCCCUGGGCGCAGCCGGGGAGCACCUGGGAUGAAAAAACCACUAACGAGCCGAACCUAAUUAUGGCCUUCCUCGGUCCGACCAUCUUCCUGCUCACGCCUAUAACGGCCGCAUCUACCGCUCCUGGCAAGGCAGCAAGGAAGAACCAGAGCGGGACCAAGAUGGACGUCGAGAGCGGUGCGACGCCACACGACCCGUUCAAGGACGAGAUCACAGUGCUGUUCGAGCCGGCGGUGGCGGAGAAGCUCAUCAUCGGCAUGGGCCUUGCCGGGACAUGGGUGCAGCUCGCUCGUCAAGACCUCAGCGCUGGAUCCUGGACGGAUGAACACGCUGGUGGGAAGCAGCAAAGAGACGAGAAAGGUGAGUUUGGGGUGCCCACCAAAUUGUGGUACAUGGAGCACCUGGCCUCCAUCAUUCCGAGCUACCACACCGAGCCAUGA